AUGUUACAGCUCAACCCAGCCAAGCUUACUCUCCUCCUCUCUCUUCUUGCCUCUUCCACCUUUGCGAAGGACGGCGACCUCUCCUCCGACCUUGUAGGAUGCGACGAGGUCUCAUGUCCCAAGGAGGGUGUCGAUGACCGUUGCACAGUCGACGGCAACACCUUCCUGGGUAUUGGCCUAUCCCGCAUCCCGGACGUCCCCUCUGCUCUUGACGGUUUCUCCCUUGUGAAGGGCGUCAAUGUCUCUGCUGGACUGGGCGGUAAGGAUAAUGACAAGCCCACGCGCCCGUUCAGGUCGGUCUACUACCUUGGCGCACCCUCAGAUGCAAACACCAAGGACCUGUCCGGCUGUGUUGUCAUCUUCAAUGAUGCCCCGUCCAAGAAAUUCGACGGUCCUCAACUAGAAGGUGGCAACAGAACCGAUACCCGCGCUGCGAGCGGUACCUGCUCCGACGUCAUUGACCAAAAAUGCAUUGACAAGCUUACGGAGCGGGCGACGAAGGUGGGCCAAGAAGGUGGUUCGAAGAUCUGCUCCUCGCUCGAGCAGGAAUUGAAGAAAUUCUCCCUGAACGAGUGCAAUGGGUUCGCAGGUAACAGUGACCGGCUGGGCGACUUCACUGUGAAGCAGCUUGAUGAUCUCGAACCGAUUCCGAAAUCUGAGGGUUGCUGGCCGAUCAAGCCUGAUUCUGAUCAGUUGUUGGAGAUUGCGAGUGUCAAGUCCUUGAGGAACUACUCGGCAAAUGCUCUUAUCGAUGAGGCUUACAAGAUCACCCCUGUCUUGACUCUCUUCACCAAGGGCAAUGACAGCCUGGUCAACACGACCGUUUCUCAGUUGACAUGCUUGAAAGUCGUCACCAAAGAGGAUCCCGAAGAUGACAAGGAUAGUGGUAAGAAUUCUGCGAUGGCCCUCAAGGGAAGUGGACUUGCUGCUGGCAUUGCCGCGCUUAUGGCAGGAAUGGUUGCAUUGCUGUAG